AUGUCGGGCUAUUUUGUUGGCCCCUUCGGUCGUAUGUUACCCAUUACAGACGACCCAUCGUCCGAGCAGCCACCGGAGCGUCGAGCUAAUCAAUCAGAGUCCGGGGAUAACCCAUACCAGCUUCCACCUCCCCGUGCGCCACCGAAUCUGCAAUUUGGAACGGACCCAUUUUUGCGACAACGCCAACAGGGAGAGAAUCAAGAACCCGGCAGAGGACCAUUGUCAGCAGAGUCUACUGCACAGCGCCCAAGGACGGAACAGCUCCCAUCUGUCCGGUCAUUACUGACACCGGUCAACGACCCGAACUCCUCGCCUUCUUUCCACCAACCGUAUGGAACCCCCACGCCAAACGCAGAACACCGAGAAUUAUCAUAUCCAUUCCGGCACCAUGAUCCACCUGCUCCUCCUCAAAUACCCCCGGUCGCUGGUCAAGACAGAGCGAGAGGUCGCUCGGAAUCUCUGCCACAGUCUCAACCUGCCAGCCUCCCGCCCUUGUCGCACGUGGCCCUGCAUAGCCCUAGAGACAUCAACCAUCACACUGCGACCCGAAGCGAUCCGUCGACAACCAAUUUACAGUCUAGCCAAUUGCCUUAUCUCGGUACUCCAUAUCAUGAAGCAGGUGCAAGCGGUGAGCUUUCAUCCCCAGAAAGUGCAUCCUGGUCGAAAGUACCGCCUUUGCUGCCUCAUGUGGUGGACGAACGUUAUAUCGAUGGUGAACUUUGCUUUGUCUACGCAGAUGGAUCGCACCAGCCGAAAAUUGUCGAUGGAAAACCAGUGAAUCCGAACUGGGGCGUAACAAAAGCAGGCAAGCCACGGAAGAGGCUUGCGCAGGCAUGUUUGACAUGUCGCGAGAAGAAGAUCAAAUGCCAGCCCAACCGUCCUAAGUGUGAUCAAUGUCAGAAGUCUGGACGUGAAUGCCGCUUCGAGAGUGCUCCCCGUGGAAAUCGCUCAAGGGGUUCUCACUCCGCAGGACCCUCUGACCAUGCUGCUUCGGAUGUUUCUCCUUCUAUUUACAAUAUUGCCCGUGCAUCGGAUAGUGCCACCUCUCUUCCCGGAACCAGCGGACACUCACCCAUGUCCGAGAGCCCUAUGCUGAUUCCCACAGGUACUCAAUCUGCGUAUGAUCCCUUGGUGGAUGCAGAUCCGGCAUACAGAUCAAGAACAUAUCAAGUCCCACGCCCUCUAACCAAUGACUCCACGCUGAGACUAAAAGACCACGCAGAGGCGAAUCGCCACCCGGUGUAUUCCGAAAUCCUGGGAGAGCUCAGAGACCUCAAUCCCGAUGAUCCGUUGGCAGGCUCUUGGAACGUUGAUCCUUAUGAGAGCGAUCCCGAGAAGGCUGUUCAUUACGUCGAAGCCUAUUUCUCCCAUGUGAACAAUGGAUUAUACCAAAUUUUCCCUCACACCCGGUUCAUUUUGUGGUUGAAAUCCUGUGACACUAAGUCGGCUGAGGAUAAAAUGCUUCUCUACUCGAUGAUGGCAUUAGGGUCGAUGUUCUCCGACAGAUCAGAUAGAUUUAUCGCAUUGAGACGGUACUCACAAAUUGCACGCUUCGCUAUCCAGAAAAGCCAGCAUACACUCUCUCUACAGCUUGCCCAGAGCCAUCUUAUAAUGAGCCUCUGGUAUUAUGCCACUGGAUCCCUGAUUGGAUCUUGGGAUUCCAUUGGGGCAGCUGGCAGGGCUGUGGGCGGGCUCCGGUUUAACGUGGAAUCAGGUGGCGUCAUCGUUGACCAGAAGCAAGUUUGCAACUAUGGAUUGCAUCCACAAGCUUUAAUUGAAUGUCGUCGGCGAACCUUCUGGGUUGCCUUCAUUCUCGAUCGAAUCUCGAGUUUCUUCUCAGGGUCUUCCACUUCCAUCUCAUCGGAAUUAGCUCUAAUUCGACUGCCAUGCCGUGAGGAUAUUUAUGAAGCACAACAAUAUGCAACAGCUCCUUAUUUUCAGCCAAUUUUGAACCAGAACGCCGUCUCCACCGAAGAUGAGCGCUCAACUCUCAGCCCCAUGGCUUUCCUCAUUCAAAUUCUGUCAAUAUGGGGCGAUGUCUCACUUCAGAUUUUCCGACUGUCGCAUACUCCGACCGACGCAUAUGCACGACUAGCGGAGGAGCUUCAUGCCAAUAUUAUUCGCAAUACAGAUCACUGGAAAGGUCGAUUGCCCGGUUAUCUUUCGUUUUCUCCAGUCAAUAUGGAGAGAGCUAUUGAGUCCAAGAGGGCGGAUUCUUUUAUUUCGAUCCACAUGUUUUACCAUGCCACAUUGAUGAAGCUCUACAGACACGCACGAUACCAGAGUCUACGAUCUGAGGUUCUGACUCAAUACAUUCACCGAGCUAGGUACCAUGCCGUGGAAAUACUCCGUAUCGGCCACGCAAUCAUUCACUUUUCCAGCGAGAUCCAGUCAUCCCGGUCCAGUGCCGACUCCCAACUCCCUGAUAUGAUUCUCCCCAGUCCAUUUUUGGGCUACGUAGUCCUAUCUGCAGUUGACGUACUCAGCUCAGCAGGCUUAAUUACGGAGAUUUCUGACUGCAUAUCCUACAUCAAUGCCGCCCUAGGCAUGGUACAGGUUCUUGGCCGCCACUGGGAUAGCUCUCUAAGCUUGGCAAAUGCGAUCAAAAAUCGUCUGGACCUCAUAAUUGACUGUCUGCAUGACCGCCUUCGCAUCCAGGAUAAGGUGGGAUUUACUGUGGAAGGUCCAUCGCUCGAGACCAAGGUCCCUGCUGCUACGCCCUCAACUCACCCACCGGGCGCUCUUGAGGAGGAUUUGUUCUACGGAUCCAUACCACGGGAUAUACUUCUACGUGCCAUGUGCCCUGACGAUAUUCCCUUAUCUGAGACGCAUAUAGUCAGGUUGAAAGACCGAUGA